AUGAAGAUUCGGUCAGUGAAAAUGAGGGAGGCUCACCCUCCAAAGGGCGGCCGUGUUUCCUUCUGCUCCGUCGUAUGGGACCAGAAAGCCGAGCAUCUCGUCACUGCUUCCUCUUCCGACGCCUCCGUCUCCAUUCACAACCCUCUUCUUCCCUCCGCCGCACCUAAGAUUCUCCGUCACCACCGUGACGGUGUUACUGCCUUAGCUCUUAGCCCUAAUUCUACUUGCCUUGCUUCUGGAUCUGUUGACCAUUCCGUUAAGCUCUACAAGUUUCCCGGUGGGGAUUUUGAGACAAAUAUUACAAGGUUUACACUUCCAAUACGUUCCCUGGCAUUUAACAAGAAAGGAAGCAUGUUAGCAGCUGCAGGUGAUGAUGAGGGGAUUAAGCUCAUAAACACAGUUGAUGGUUCCAUUGCAAGGGUUCUCAAAGGGCAUAAAGGACCAGUCACCGGUGUAGCUUUUGACCCCAAUGGUGAAUAUUUAGCAUCUUUGGAUUCAAAUGGUACUGUUAUCAUUUGGGAACUCCACUCAGGGAGAAACCUUCACAACCUCAAAGGCUUAGCUCCUGAUACUGGGCUAGAUCUUUCAACCAUGAAUGUUCUUUGUUGGAGUCCUGAUGGUGAGACUUUAGCCAUUCCCGGGUUGAGAAAUGAUGUUGUGAUGUAUGAUAGGGACACGGCUGAGAAGUUGUUCACGCUGAGAGGGGAUCACAAUCAGCCUAUUUGUUUUUUGUGUUGGUCCCCCAAUGGCAAGUAUAUGGCUACCUCUGGUUUAGAUAAGCAGAUUCUGAUAUGGGAUGUUGAUAGGAAGCAGGAUAUUGACAGGCAGAAAUUUGAUGAAAGAGUGUGUUGCAUGGCAUGGAAGCCGGUUGGGAAUGCAUUGGCUGUUAUCGAUGUUAAGGGGAAGUAUGGUAUAUGGGACAAUGUUAUCCCUUCAUCUAUGAAGUCUCCAACUGAGGAUAUACCUUUGCAGGGAAAGAACAGCAAUGGGCUUCUUUUGUUUGAUGAGGAGGAUCAGGACAAUAGUGUCAGUGGGAGCUUGAGUGAUCUUGGUGAAAAUAGUAAUGGUGAGUUUGAGCCACCAACUAGCAGGAAAAGAUUGCGCAAGCAUUCAUUGAGUGAGGAAAAUUUGAAUGAGGAUGAAGAAGGAAUUGAUCUUUAUCCAAAGGUUGAAUCUCACAAGAAAAGAAACCGGUCCACCAAGGAAAAUUUGGAUAAUGGGAAUGUAGAAUUCAGAAGCACAAUGGUAACAUCAAAAGCAAAAAUGCAGGAGGCAUUUCAAUCAGGAGCCACUCCAGUGCAGCCGGGGAAAAAGCGCUUCUUAUGCUACAAUAUGCUUGGAAGUAUAACCACUGUCAAUCACGACGGAUCCUCUCAUAUUGAGAUUGAUUUUCAUGAUACUGGAAGCAGUCCCCGAGUUCCAUCAAUGACUGACCAUUUUGGAUUCACAAUGGCUGCAUUGAAUGAGAACGGAAGUGUCUUUGCAAAUCCUUGCAAGGGGGAGAAAAACAUGAGCACCCUCAUGUAUCGCCCAUUUAGUACUUGGGCUAAUAAUAGUGAGUGGUCCAUGCGCUUUGAAGGCGAAGAAGUAAAGGUUGUUGCACUUGGUGCUUCUUGGGUGGCUGCAGUAACUAGUUUUAACUAUCUUCGUAUCUUUACCGAGGGUGGUAUGCAGAGAAAUGUUAUUUCACUAGAUGGGCCAGUGGUGACUGCAUCAGGUUUCAAGGAUGCACUGGCACUUGUCACUCAUGCUUCUGACUGCCUUUCCUCAAAUGAUCAGGUGCUAGAGUUUAGGUUAUUCAAUAUACCACAAGGGACCCAACCUCUUCGAGGUCGUUUGCCAAUAACUCCUGGUUCCUCUCUAUGUUGGUUUGGAUUUAGUGAAGAGGGCCAAUUGUGUUCUUACGAUUCAAAGGGUGUGCUAAGAUUAUAUACAAGCCAAUUUGGUGGUAGCUGGCUCCCAGUUUUCAGUGCUAUUAAAGAGAAGAAGUCAGAUGAAAACUAUUGGAUGGUUGGUUUGAAUUCAAACAAGUUAGUUUGUGUUGUAUGCAAAAAACCUGAAUCCUUCCCACAGGUGGUGCCUAAGCCGAUUCUCACUUUAAAGGAUCUUUCAUUUCCACUUGCUACCUCUGAUUUGGGAUCCGAGGCCCUUGAAAACGAGUUUAUGAUGAACAACAUGCAUCUCUUUGAGAUUCAGAAAAAAAUAGAAGAAAUGGAUAAUGCUGGUUUGGAUGUUAGUUUACUUGAUGACGAAGCUUUCAAUUUGGAAGCGGCACAAGAUAGAUGCAUACUAAGGCUUAUAGCAUCCUGUUGCACUAGUGAUAAACUUGUGAGAGCUACUGAACUUGUAAAGCUUUUGUCACUGGAGAAAUCAAUGAAAGGAGCAAUAAAACUUGUUACUAAUCUUAAGCUUCCAAAUUUGGCAGAAAAAUUCAACAGCAUAUUGGAGGAAAGGCUACUUCAUGAAGCUAAAAAGACCACAGAAACCAGCCUCAAGGAAAAAAGUUCUGCACCCAUUAUAUCCGAUUCUCUACCUAGCGGAAGCAAGGCCUCAAUGCCGACAGAAACAUCAAAAGCAUAUACUGUUUCAUCAUCAAAAUUAUCUGCACCGUCGUUCAUAAAGAAAAAUAAAACACAAGACUCAACUAGAGAUGGAGUGAAUAAAACUACAAUGGUGAAUGAAAGUACUAAUUUAAAGCAGACAGGAGAAAGUGAAACAAGUGAUAAGAAGGGUAAGGAGGAAAUGCAAGCUCCUCCUCAAUCACAUGGUACUUUUAUAAAGUCAGAGCCUGGUUUGGUGACAGCUAAAAGACCAUCCAAUCCAUUUUUGAAGUCCUCAAUCAAAUGA